GCUUUUAUGGCUCUCCCAGCCAAAAAGGUUCCCGACCCCUGAAGUGUCAUAAUGUUAAGAUCUUGCUAAACAAAUAAGUUAUUGGGCAAAGUUAUUGUUGACAAAUCAACUAAUGUUAGUUAGAAAAUGUUAUUUCUUUUUUCAUUGCAAACAAGUUAUGUUGACUUUUCUUUUUCCUUUUCAGGUGAAAAUGUCAGGCUGCCCUGUAUGUGGCAAACAAGUACGUGCUCUGAGCCAGCACCUCUCAAGCAGACAUCGUGUGAGAAAUGUACAGGAGCGGAGGAUUUUAUUAAAUAUGUCCUCAGCGAGGGUGAACAUCAGGUCCUCUCCUUGCCCAGCGACAGGGUGUGGCUAUGCCCUGUCGCGCCUUCAGCGUCACAUACGUCACACACACACGGAGUUGACACUGGAGGAGAGGGCCUCCUUACUCCUCAGGGCCAAGUGGAUAAAGUCCACGCAGCUCCUCUCCUCUCUGAGGGCCACCAGCCCCACGACACCCAUGGCAACGUCCAUUGACCUGCUGCCCGACGACAGAGAGGAUGUACUCCCUUCUCCUCCCCUGAGCUGUGGCAACCCCCUGUGCAUGGAGACGAGGAAGGGGUAUAUCCAAAACAUAUCCCAACUUUGUGAGCAGAGGGAUGAUCUGCUCACAGAAAAUGGCAACCUUAGGUUGAAACUGCAGGCUUUGCAGCGUCCCAGGUGCGGUUCUCGCAUCAUCGAUGUGCCACCCCCGACGGAGCAAGAGGAGGCAACGGCAGCUACAGAGGAGUCGGCAGAGGAGGUGACGCUGACGCUGACACCCCUCGGCGAGAAGCCAGCGCUGAAGAGGGAUGUGGAACAGACCCCACAGCAGAUGAAGAAGGCCAAGUCCUCCAACAGGGGCCGAUAUUACUCCCUGGUUCCUCUCUCCUAAAGAGGGAGGAACCGAUGGCUACUUCAUCCACGUAAGCACAUAUUAUCACAGUGCAACUUUCUUAUCACCAAAAAUAAUAUGACAUAAGUGUUAUAAUGAAUGCUUGCAUCUCUCUCUC